GCACUAUACCUAAAAUGAUGACAAUUCAGUCUAGCUCCAGUGUUUGUAGAAGGUCCACACAUCCCGUGAACCAUUCCGAAUUAUAUAUUCUUCCCUGCCAAAAUUUUCUAUAAAGAAAAAAUGAAGUUAAUCAAAGUAUUCUUUGUAUUUCUCAUCCAGCUUUUGGAUAUUUUUAUGGCGUCACCUGUACCAGCUUUAUAUAUGGAAACACCUGUACGGUUUUGCGGACAACAGUUGGCGGUUGAACUAUCCAUCAUUUGCAAGGGGCGAUAUAAUGAAGCUAGAGGUAAUGGACAUCGGCAUCAUAAAAGGGGUAUUAUCGAUGACUGUUGUUUAAAAACUUGUACAAGACAAUACGUCAAAAUAAACUAUUGUGGACCUGAACCGGCUGAACCAAAAA